UGUUAAUCAUUUGUAUCGAAAAAAAGAUGUCAUCACUAGCGCCGCGCGUGUUCCUGGCCUUCGAUGACUUCUCCCGGGCCGGCAAGCGUGCGUCCUUGUCCUCAAACUUGUGCAUCGUGCUCCUCUCGAUGUGGUCCUCCCACUCAUAUCGCUUUCUCCGUUGUAGAUGUCCUGCAUUUCGCUAAAUUCGACGGCGCUCAAACUCUCCCCAUGCCUCAGGCCGCUGUCGAAACAUUGCUACCUGCAGAGUUGAGCUCCUUCGUGCAGAUCUGCCAGUGGCCAAGUAACCAGGCAGUGUCCAUUGCCGUAAACACGGCUGAGCUGCAGCCCACGCAGCGGUGGGAGCUGGCCGACGCUCUGAUGUCCGCUCUGAGUCAGGCCGACGUGCAGGAGCUCACGAUCGUGGCGGCCCUGCACUUGCCAUACGCCAAGGACGGCGGCCUCAACGUGUUCUACAGCGGCCUGAAUGGCCACGCACAGGAAGAAGUUAAACUGGCGCUGGCCGACCCUGUCUGGGAGGUCAAAGACCCGUGGUUGAGUGCCUUCCUACAACUGAUCAAGGUGGAGCAGUGGCCACGUACCCACCUGCUGCUGGCCAAGGGAUACAAGCCCGGCCGAGACCUGUCCGGCACCUAUGAAGCAGUAGAUGCUUUAGGCCGAGCACUGCAGCUCUUCACGAAGGACAAGGUGACAGUCGAUGCUCAACAAGUGCAGCGUGAACUGCCUCGACGGCUGGCCAAGGUGAAGAUCGCUUCGACUGCAAGUGAUGACCACCUCACUCUGCUCUACCAUUAGACUGAAGCUAGAAUAGAUGGAGACAACUUGUCUAUCAGUUGAACGAUAAGCGGAAGUGCACAUUUUAUCC